AUGACAUCAAGUCAUAAAUCAGCUUUAGGACUUCCUACUAAAUUAGCUCCAUAUCGAUCUGACACAGUUUACCCAGCAAAACUCACUCUUCAUCUCAUUCUGAUGCGCCAUCUUCACAACAAUGAACAUCCCUCUUACAAACGUGCUAUUCCUCAAGAACUUUCAUCCCAUGCUACCAUCAUUGCCAUGAUAAUAUCUUGGUCUGCAAAGAAAUCCUUUGCCUUUGUCAAAGAAAUCAUAAUCCCAUGCUUUACUGUAAAUAUUUUAUUUCUUUGUCUAUUUGUACUGGGUACUUCCAAUCAUAACGAGUAUAUCAAAAGUGCUACCAAACCUUACUUGCGGAACCCCCCAUUUACAUAUACUGUAGUGUUUAUGACCUUAAAACCUAGUGGAAAAAAUAUCAACUAUGCUAUAUCACGUUAUUCCAGUACUGUUUGCCCAUAUAUACACAUCAGUAUUUUCCUACUUUUUUCCAGUGUUUCUCCUUGCACAAAGGUUUUCUAA